ACGAAAUACAACUCCAGCACACCUUCUGUCAGGCACAAAAAUGUCCUAUCCUUUACACCUCUUGAACGGGUCUGGAGCUGGCAAUGGAUCUCUGUCGGCUCUCGCAGUAACGGGAGAGCCCAAGCAGAGCUACCCCAAUGAUGAACAAGGAAACAAAGUGCGUUGGGCAGCUUUACUGAUCCUCCUGGUGAUAAUCCCCACCAUUGGGGGAAACAUUCUUGUUAUCCUGGCGGUGUCUCUGGAGAAGAAGUUGCAAUACGCCACCAACUACUUCCUGACGUCCCUGGCAGCGGCGGAUUUACUGGUGGGUCUGUUUGUGAUGCCCAUUGCCCUUCUCCUAAUAUUAUUUGACAAUUCCUGGCCUCUUCCAACUGCUCUGUGUCCCAUCUGGCUGUUCCUUGAUGUCCUCUUUUCCACAGCUUCCAUCAUGCACCUCUGUGCCAUCUCACUAGACCGCUAUAUUGCGAUUAAAAAGCCGAUCCAGGCCAGCCAGUACAAUUCGUGGGCUACAACAGUCAUCAAGAUCACCAUCGUUUGGCUCAUUUCAAUAGGCAUUGCUAUUCCAGUCCCCAUCAGAGGCAUCGAAGAUGGAAACGGCAACCACACAAACAUAACGUGCGCCCUGACGCCCGAUCGUUUUCGUGACUUCAUCCUAUACGGAUCAGUGGCUGCAUUCUUCAUUCCCCUCACUAUCAUGAUAGUCACUUAUUUUCUGACAAUCCAAGUGCUACGCAAGAAAGCCUACCUGAUCAACAAGUCCCCCCAGCGUUUCACUUGGUCAACAGUGUCCACGGUAUUUCAGCGGGACGUAACACCUGCGUCCUCACCAGAAAAGGUGGCUAUGCUAAAUGGCUCCAGAAAGGACAAGCCUUUGUCCAGUGAUGUGCCUGUCUGCAGAAUGUCUACAAUUGGGAGGAAGUCUAUGCAAACUAUCAACAACGAACAGAGGGCUUCAAAAGUUCUGGGGAUUGUAUUUUUCCUUUUCUUGCUUAUGUGGUGCCCAUUCUUUAUCACAAACAUAAGUUCAGUCCUGUGCAACUCCUGCAACAAGGAAGUUUUUCAAAAGCUCAUGGAAAUCUUUGUUUGGAUAGGAUAUGUAUCUUCAGGGGUGAACCCUCUUGUCUAUACACUCUUUAAUAAAACAUUUAGGGAAGCUUUCAGCAGGUAUAUCACUUGCAACUAUCGGACCACAAAGCCUGUCAAGGCCCUUCGGAAAUGCUCCAGCAGAAUCUCUUUCAGAAAUUCCGUGGCAGAAAAUUCCAAGCUCCUUGUUAUGCAUGGGAUGCGAAAUGGGAUUAAUCCCAUUAUGUACCAGAGCCCAAUGAGGCUGCGGAGCUCACCCAUCCAAGCAUCAUCAGCCAUUCUGCUGGAUACACUGCUGCUCACAGAAAAUGAAGUUGAUAAAACAGAAGAACAAGUCAGUUAUGUAUAGUGGAAUGGCAACAACGCUCAUAUAUAGUAUUACUGUAUGUAUUCUAGGUAACUGUGCUAUGGGAGGGUAUAAAUAAUAUGUUUGUUUUUGUUAUUUAUGCAAGCAAUAUCUCAUAAAUUU